AUGACGACAAUAACGACAACGACAAUGACAAUGACAGUGACAAUGACAGUGACAAUAACGAUGACAAUAACAAUAACAACAAUGACAAUGACUGACAAUGCCAAUGAAAAUAACAAUGACAACGCCAACAACAACAACGCCAAUGACAAUAACAACUACAAUAACAAUGACAACGACAAUAACAAUGACAAUGGCAACAACAAUGACGAUAAAAAUGAGAAUGACAAUGACGACGAAAAUGACAACAACAAUAACAAUGACAAUGAUGACAAUAACAAAGACAAUGACAAUGACGACAACAACAACGACAACGACAACGACAACGACAAUGACAACGACGAAAUUGACAAUGACUGA